UUUCUUGGGAUCCCAGGCUUCUCGCGCAAAAGAUUGAACUGAUUCAAGAGUGUCGACUUUUUUUGUUUCAAUCAAUCAAACAGGAUCGAACAAAGUCUGGCUUCCAGUUUACCUUUCAAAAGCUCUCCGCCUUUGUGUCCAACGCCACCUCGAUACGUACACCGAACCCCGCUGGCGCCUCCCUCACACAACACUUGAGCUGGAUUCACCCUCGAGCUCCGAACUCACGAUACCGCAGUCGCCCGCGCCGACGUCGCACCGCCCACCGUGUCCUUGUUCGCUGCAAGCAAGCUUUUUAGAGUGGCCUAUCCAGUACUUGUUUGUGGAUAUACAACACUGAUAGUUGCGGCCAGCGGUCAAUUCGGCCCCGCAAUGCGCUAUUGAUAAGCUCUGCGCAGCUUCAAAAGUCGGCAGUACUAUCAGUCGAUACUUUGUGCAUGGGCAGCUCUCCCAGCUCAGCCUAUCCAUACCCCGUGGCCCAAACAGCUACGAAGAGUUACACAAGUGCGCGGGGAUGAGAUCACAGUCUCAACGAGCGAUUCUAUGCACCCUUUUUCUGCCUUGACGAUUGGAAUCUUCGUGGCAGGCUACAUUACUGCUCGUUGGGACCUUAUCAGUCGCCUCUAUGAGCUGGUGGUCUUUGCCUGGGACUACGGUGUCUCUAGCCGUGCAAUUAAAGCCUUUGGAGGCCUAACAUUCUUAUUCGCCAUUGUCUUCGUAUCUGUACAACGUUUGGCCACAGGAGAAGCGGUCUUGCAUCCGCGGUCUCCAAGAUCCGGACUGUCGGCUCGCGAGCAGCUGAAAAGGCGGGGGUCGUUCUAGCGUGAGGUCACGCCGUUUGCGACGUCCCGCUAUGGCUGGUAAGGAUGGCUGCAUGCGCGUCUUCUGGCCGAUCGACUUGGCGCAGUCAUCUCUGCCUGGUGUUAUCGUUGGCUGGCGUAACUCCGAACUUGAUGUUUUUGUGGUGGCGAUCCUGGAUGAUGUUCAGCCUCGGGAUGUCGACUUUGCUCUCAAGUCUGGGACGCUACUCAGGAGCACGCCGCAUCCCAUCAGUCGCAUAUAUGGAUUGUGUGAGCAGCCAUCAAUGCAAGUCUUGGGGCUUGUGAAUAUGCCGGACACUCCACAGCUCGAACCUGCCUGGAUCAUGGUUACCACAAGCCCAAAAUCCGCUGUGCAAAUAGAUUGUGCCAAGGCUCACAGCUUUCAAAUCGUCUCAUUCCGGAGACCUCUACCCGGCCGAAUGCAGUUCGUCUCAGCGGACCCUAUUUCAUUAGCCCUAGAUGACAAGCCCGAAAGCUUAGGCAUUCUAGCUGGAGAAAUCGAGGCGGAGGAUGAGAGACGAGAAAGAUUGGAAAAGGAGAAGAAGAAAAUGCUGGUAAAGAAGCUGAGAGAUCACUCGGUGAUUAAGAGGCGGCUUUCACCAAAGGAGAAGGCAUUGCCUAGGAUCGUCAACCAAAUCAAUUGUGCCUGGGAACUCGAGCAACUGCUACAGAAGAACGCAUCCCGCAUCGGGCCUCGUAACCGCAUGAAGCGCAGUCUUAGUGUAUCUGAGCGCAUGGUCGAGUCUGCGACGACGGCUCGGGACACUGUGGCUGGCUGGUUGUGGGAUCUGGUGCGAGGAUAUGUUCUUCCUGUAAUCAAGAAGAUGUUUAUCGCAACGAUCAUAUUCUACAGGUUCGCGGCAGAAUUUAUGCUACGCCUGCUGGAGUGGAGACCGCGGCCGCGGUACGGGGCGUUGAAGGAUGUGUCGGCAACAGCACAGCAAGUAGAAAUCCGGCUACAGCAAUUCUGCUAUUGGCCGAUGCAGUACCUGACUCUGCGACGGCGUAAGAAUGAUUGGGAGAGCGUGACAGGGAGCCACCUCGACUAUAUUCGGUUUUACAACAGCUUGUGGCUCGUGGCCAACGACGUUAUCAUCGGCAUCGCCUUGGGCUCAUACAUCAUUGAGAACGCCGAGUGGGUUGCGGAGGAGAUCAGCAGCUUACUGGGGACCUAUACGGUCGAUGCGCUGCAGACCAGCAUAUCUUGGCUGAUGGGCUGGCCUGCUGGAUUGAAGCUCAACAGCGAGCUCGCGGCGUUCCUUGGUGACCUUUUCCUGUGGGUCAUUGCCUAUUGGGCAGGUUGCUUGGAGGCGCUGAGGCCGGGAUUGCCCUAUAUCAUCUGGUUUGUUGGCUACUCAAGUUUUGCAGGAGCAAGUUUACCGAUCGCCUUGUUCUCCGACCUGCUCUCCCUCUUAUCAGUGCAUAUCAAUUCGUUCUAUCUAGCCUCUGCUCGAAUCUACAACUGGCAGCUCACCAUCCUCAUUUCACUAUCUUACCUUUUCCGUGGCAAGAAACACAACGUCCUGCGGAAUCGUAUCGACUCUUGCGACUACGGACUUGACCAGCUACUUGUUGGAACUAUCUUGUUCACCGUCUUAUCAUUCCUGCUGCCCACGGUGGUGGUAUUUUAUCUGAAUUUUGCCAUUUGGCGGAUGGUUAUCAUAUCCAUCAAGGCCGUUUCCGACAUGUUGCUUUCAUGCUUGAAUCACUUUCCGUUGUUCGCCAUCAUGCUGCGGUUAAAAGAUUCAAGGAGAUUACCAGGCGGUAUUUAUUUCACACUGCAAUGCGGUCCGUCCGCCACCGGAGCUGUUCCCGGGAAAACGUCCAGCAUAGAACUUCACUCCAUACCUCUCUCAUAUGGUGCGAUAUUCCACCAGUAUUUCCAGAUGGGCGAUCGGCUGCGCAAGCACUAUCUUUCCCUGGAGGUACUCAUCUGCCUGUUAACGGGCAAGUUUGUACCGCCCAUGAACCGCAAGAUUCUCUACAGCCUGCAGUACAGUAUGCUGCCGGCAAAGAGGCCUGGUAUAAUGGAGACUUGGGAAGCUCUCGGGGCCGGGUCGAGCUCGGAAUCCAGCUGGGAGACGCGCCGACAACCAUGGCUGAAUCAGGCCGGCGCAGCUGGGAAGCUGUCGAGGAGGGCUCGCGGCGGCAGGUAAUGAUGGACAGAAAUGAUACAGACCACUUUUUCAUGUUAGAAGGUGUGUUGUCGAUGAAGGGCUGAGAGAAUUCGCCCCUUUCCUUUUGCAUUUGGGAGGCAUGGUAUGAUGGAUUAAUGCCCCGUUCCUGCAGGUGCGGCUGAAGAAUAGGCGGUUUGCUGGUGCUUUCUUUCGCAUGGCGUCAAGCGCGCAUUGAAAUUUCAAUCUUCUUGGGCGGUCUUCGCUUAUUCUAGCAUGAGCUGGAGGAUCAUUGAAUGACAUAUAUACCUAUAAUAUAUUCC